AUGAAGGCUACGUUUUCCGUUUAUUUAUCCCUAUUGGGUCAAAGCUCAGCAUGGAGUUACACCCCCAGCUCCAAAUACGCUGCUAACAUCAAGAUCAAUGCUCGUCAAACAUACCAAACCAUGAUUGGGGGCGGCUGCUCCGGAGCUUUUGGGGUCGCAUGCCAGCAAUUCGGAUCUUCAGGCCUAUCGCCAGAAAACCAACAGAGAGUUACACAGGUUCUUUUUGAUGAAAAUAUCGGCGGCCUCUCAAUCGUGCGAAACGAUAUUGGCUCAUCCCCAGGAACGACCAUUCUUCCAACAUGCCCGGCAACGCCGCAGGGGAAGUUCAAUUACGUUUGGGAUGGAAGUGACAACUGCCAAUUCAAUCUCACAAAAACGGCUCUCAAGUUUAAUCCGGAACUUUACGUCUAUGCCGAUGCUUGGUCUGCCCCUGGUUGCAUGAAAACUGUGGGAACAGAGAACCUUGGUGGGCAAAUCUGUGGUGUGCGAGGUACCAAUUGCGAACAUGAUUGGCGUCAAGCUUACGCAGAUUAUCUCGUCCAAUAUGUCAGAUUCUAUAAGGAACAAGGCAUUGACAUCUCGCUUUUGGGUGCCUGGAAUGAGCCUGAUUUCAACCCUUUUACUUACGAGAGUAUGCUAUCAGACGGGUUCCAAGCCAAGGAUUUCCUAGAGGUUCUAUAUCCUACGCUUAAAAAAGCUUUCCCAAAAGUAGAUGUCAGCUGUUGCGAUGCUACCGGCGCACGCCAAGAGAGAAACAUUCUUUAUGAGCUACAGCAAGCGGGUGGUGAAAAAUACUUCGAUAUUGCGACGUGGCACAAUUAUCAGAGCAACCCUGAGCGCCCAUUUAAUUCUGGCGGAAAACCGAAUAUCCAAACCGAAUGGGCCGAUGGCACGGGUCCAUGGAAUAGUACCUGGGAUUAUAGCGGCCAGCUUGCUGAGGGCUUUCAAUGGGCACUAUACAUGCAUAACGCCUUUGUUAACAGCGAUACCUCGGGAUACACUCACUGGUGGUGUGUGCAAGACACAACCGGCGAUAAUGCUCUUAUUCGACUUCGCGGUAACAGCUAUGAAGUCUCAUCUCGGGUUUGGGCCUUUGCCCAAUAUUUCCGAUUCGCCAGACCAGGUGCUGUGCGCGUUGAUGCCACAAGUGACGUGGAAAAUGUCUACGUUACGGCAUAUGUGAACAAAAAUGGUACAGUCGCUAUACCUGUUAUCAAUGCCGCUCAUUUCCCGUAUGAUUUGACCAUCGAUUUGGAGGGAAUUAAAAAGAGAAAGCUGAGCGAGUAUUUAACCGACAAUACUCAUAAUGUCACUUUACAGAGCCGGUACAAAAUUAGCGGCAGCAGUCUCAAGGUGACAGUCGAGCCUAGAGCCAUGAAGACAUUCUGGCUCGAGUAG